AUGCUAUGGUCUUUACAAAGCUGUGUUCCUGUUUUGUUGGAUGAUAAUGUGGCUACCAAUCACUACAAGGGUUAUUGCAAGUUGGAUCUCUGGCCAUUGUUUCAUUAUAUUCCUUGGGACGAUACAAAAAGUACAAGAGAAGGUACUCGCAGCUGGCCUGAUUAUGUCACUGUGAAUGAGCAAUUUGCAGAAACUAUUAUUCAGAUUUAUCAGCCAGGAGAUAUCAUUUGGGUUCAUGACUACCAUUUGCUGCUGGUUCCAUCGAUGAUCCGCAAGGCUUUACCAACUGCUAUCAUUGGGUUUUUUUUGCAUACACCUUUUCCCUCGUCUGAAAUAUUCAGGAGUCUGCCACGACGAAAGGAAAUUCUUUCUGGCCUGCUUGGAUCUAAUUUAAUUGGUUUCCAGACUUAUGCACAUGCCAGACACUUUAAUAGCAGCUGUAUUCGUGUUUUAGGCUGCGAAUCCUCUCCCACUGGUGUAGAGUUUCAUGGAUUCACGGUUUCAAUUGGAAUCUUUCCUAUUGGCAUCGAUGUUCAAAGAGUUCAAGCACUUUGUCGCAAGGAUUCUGUCUCGCAAAAAGCCAAAUCCAUUCGUGACUUAUUUCCUGGAAAACGCAUCAUCAUGGGUCGUGACAAGUUUGACCACAUCAAAGGCAUACUUCACAAACUACACUCGUUUGAAAAGUUUCUUCAAUUAUUCCCCGAAUGGCAUAACAAGGUCACAUUGAUUCAAAUUACCAGUCCACCUCAUCGGUCUUCCCCAAGUUUUGCAUCCAAGAUCUCGGAAACUAUUUCAAGGAUCAAUGGCACAUAUGGGUCAUUGGAGUACGCUCCUGUCCAUCAUUAUCACCAAAUUUUGGAUGAGGAUGAAUAUUACGCUUUGUUGAAUAUUGCUGAUAUGUCUUUGAUUACGAGUUUAAGAGAUGGUAUGAAUACCAGCUCACAUGAAUUUGUCGUGUGUCAGCAUGAGCAAAAAGCCCCUUUGAUUUUGAGCGAGUUUACUGGUACUGCUGGAUCCAUGAGUGGAGCCUAUCUGGUGAAUCCAUGGGACCACUUGGGUGUUGCAAAUGCAAUCAACGAUGCCUUGCUAUUGUCAAUAGAAGAUCGGGCCAUCAAACACAAGCAACUCUAUGAUCAUGUUACACGACAUACGGCACAGUUUUGGGCAAGUAGUUUUAUCAAGGAACUCUGUAGUAUUUCACAAGGCACCACGCAACAAACACCAACGCCUAUAGUUGAUACACCACGCAUCAUCAACAGUUACACCCAUGCUCAACGCCGGUUACUCAUGUUUGAUUAUGAUGGUACAUUAACUCCAAUCAAAAAAGUUCCAAAUGCGGCACUACCUCCACCCGACAUGCUUAAAGCAAUGCAGAUUCUUGUCCAGGAUCCUAAAAAUGUCGUUUUUGUGAUUUCUGGUCGAGAUCAAGCUUGUUUGGAUACAUGGUUAGGUCAUAUUGACAAUUUGGGUCUUAGUGCCGAGCAUGGUUCAUUCAUCAAAUAUCCAGGUGGAAAGUGGAUCAAUUUAGCAACAGAAAUUGAUUUAAAUUGGAAAGCACCUGUGGCAGAGAUUUUCAACUUUUUCACUGAACGAACUCUGGGAUCAUUUGUGGAGCAUAAACGAUACGCUAUAACAUGGCAUUAUAGAUUGGCAGAUCCGGACUACGGUACUUUUCAAGCCAAAGAAUGUCAAAUGCAUCUUGAAAAUGCCAUUUUAUCCAAACUUCCUGUUGAAAUCCUUCUUGGAAAGAAAAAUCUUGAAGUGCGACCCAUAUCCAUGAACAAAGGAGAGAUUGUCAAACGAUUGGUACAGCAGCAAUUGCAGAAUCAGCCUCCAUGCGAUUUUGUAUACUGUGUUGGAGACGAUCGUACCGACGAAGAUAUGUUCAAGGCAUUAAAGAAGAGCGAGUUGAAUGAGGAUACUUACUUUACCUGUACAAUUGGUUCUGCUACAAAGCACACUCAUGCUCAGUGGCAUGUGAAUGCACCACAAGAUGUGAUUGAUUUGAUUGGAACCAUGGCAGAUGUAAGCCUUAAAAACUGA